UUGUACAGAAUCAUUCACGAUUACAAAUGCAAUUGUGUUACUAUCAGCCAUAAUCGGACGAUGACAUCAGUCCCGAGAGAAACGACAAACUGAAAAUAAGAUAUGUACAUAAAUUAGUUCCGGCAUUGAAAAAGGUGCAUCAUAUUAUGCGUGGGCUGAGUCUCUGAUGACCUCAUGGGACGUUUUAUUGACUUCUAAAGCAUUAUUGGUAACGAGAAUGGCGUGUGAGUGGUUUGAAGAUCUCGUGAUUUAGAGACUACAUUGUUUUUAAGAUCACGAGUUUUCCUAUCUUUCAUCAUUCAUCCCCAACCAUGGAGUUGUUGCUGUCGGAAUAUCUGACCUUCGGAAAUGUUUUUAUCGCGGUUGUUUUCUUGCUGAUUCUCAACCAAUUGUUUGAGCUCUAUCAGUUCAGGAACAUGCCGCCGGGGCCUCGUUUGACAAGUAUACCGUUCAUAGGAAAUUUAAUGAGCUUUGAUUCAGGGGAUGGUUUCUGUCAAGUAACAGCAAGCAUGAGGAAAAAUUACGGCACCGUAUAUUCCAUGAAGGUUGGGAGUUUCAAAUUCGUUGUUGCCGAAGAUCCAACAUCUGUGAAGGAAGUGCUCGUUACAAAAUCUGCUGAUUAUGCUGGAAGACCUCCGUUUCACAGCUUUAUGAUUGACACACUUGGUGGAAAAGAUGUUGCUUUGGCAAACUAUGGUCCAGCCUGGAGAUUUCAUCGCAAGCUUUUCCUGACGGCUAUAAGACAGUAUCUAUCUGAUCAAAAAUUGGUGGAAGAAAGGGUCUCCGAGCAGGUGCGAUGGCUGAUGCAGUACUUUGAGGACCAAAAUGGAAAUGAAUUCGACCCUGGAAAGAUUUUAAUGGAGAGUGUUGCAAAUGUGAUAUGUCGAAUCACAUUUGGAAAGCACUUUGACUCCUCUCAUCCAGAUUUUGAGGAAUUCUUGAAGCUGAAUAACGAGUCUUUUACUGACAUUGAAACAAGUAAUCAAAUUUUUGUUUUAGAUUUCUUUCCGAUUGCCAAGUACUUUCCUUUUUCUGCGUAUCAAACAGAGCAGAAGGUCGCAGACCGAAUGUUCGAAAUUCUCCGCCGACAGUUAAAGAUACAGGAAAAUGAGUUCGACCCAAAAUCAGAGAUCGAAAGUCUCAUCGGAAGUCUUCUCAAAGAGAGAAUUGCUGCCGAGAAUGAGGUUGAUGCGGAGGAGAGGGCAUCCAUAUUAUCAGACGACUACAUAAUCAACACCGUGGGAGAUAUGUUUAGUGCUGGUUACGAGACCACUAGUACAACCUUACGCUGGGCCAUUGCAUACCUCGUUAAUUAUCCUGAAUGCCAAAGGGAUAUACAGAGUCAGCUCGACGACGUGGUCGGAAGAGAUCGCAUGCCAGGUCUGGAUGAUCGUCCAAAACUUCCUCUAGUCUUAGCCACAAUCAUGGAAACGUUGCGCCUUGGAAAUGUUGCUGAGACAACCAUUACACAUUACACUCUGAAAGAUACCACAUUGGCCGGUUACCGCGUUCCAAAGGAUACUGUGGUGAUGGCCAACCUAAUGGCCAUUCAUCUUGACCCUAACCUUUGGGAGAACCCAGACUCCUUCGACCCUCGUCGCCAUAUUGACUCCGAUGGCCAAAUUAUCACCAACUCUGGCAAUUUUCUUCCCUUCUCAGCUGGACGCCGGGUUUGUGCUGGCGAGGCCUUAGCAAAGGUGGAGCUGUUCUUGUUCCUGUCUUGGAUGCUGCAUAGAUUUACAUUUCUGCCAUCACUAGAUGGCAGCUUCCCGGAACUAAAGGGAAAGUUUGGAUUAACCCGCUUUCCAGCUGCUUACAAAAUAAGGGUUGUAAAACGCCAGUAAUAUGAUAUAAAGGGUGAACCAUUGGUAGACUACAUAAACGCUUUUGAAUGGCCUUUAGUUAGACGAGCAAUCAAUGGAGAUGAAACAAUGACAUUUGAGCCUCUAAUUAUUUUCUUCGAUCUUUGUAUCUCUAUCUUUCGUGAAAAUAAGAAUCCUUUAUUAAUUGCUGUUAAUAAUUUCAUCCCCAGUGUGGUUUAUAUUGUUAACGGCAGUUGAUAGUGCCGGCAUGUUAUUGAAAUCUUUGAUAAAAAUAAGCGUACAUAUUGUUGUAAUAAAGAUCCUGCUUCUUCGCAUAGCAAAUUCAGGAUAAAGCUGCGAUUAAAAUAACACAGAAGCUUA